AGACAUUCCUUGGGCCAACUGCAUUGGAUUCUCAUCUGACAACUGCAAUGUGAUGAUAGGCAAGAACAACAGUGUCCUGACCCGUAUUCAGCAGAUGUCACCAAGUGUGUUCAACGUAGGGUGUGUUUGCCACUUAGCCAACCUCUGUGCACAGAAGGCCAUCAAGACCCUGCCAUUGCCAGUUGACGACUUCUUAGUGGACAUCUACUACCAUUUCCAUCAUAGUUCGACCAGACGAGAGAAUUACAAGCAGUUCCAAGAGUUCACAGAGACUGACCCAAUGAAGAUCAUCAAGCACUGCAGUACCAGGUGGUUGUCUUUAGAGAGGUGUGUUCAGCGUACCCUACAGCAGUGGCCAGCUUUGAAGAGUUACUUUCAGAGCCAUGCAGAAUGUGAGAAGCCAGGUCGUAUCAACAGAUGUAUGCAGCACUUCACCAGUGACCAGACGUGGCUGUACUUUCCCAAGUCAAAGUGA